CUUCACAAAAGCUCUUGUUUACAGUUGCUGGGGAAACGUCAAAUACCCGCCCCGGGGAGGUUCACAUUCAGCCACCACUGCGCCUAAAGAUCAGUGGCAUUGACAUUUUGUAGUAACUGAGGAAAAACAAUCAUUUGUCAUACGAAAAGAUGGCAGACCCAGCAACAGACAAAGUGCUUAUAACAGAGACGGCUGAACUGUCUUCACGUUCUGUGCCAUCCUACUUUGACCCCUAUGAGCGCUCUGUAAAAUACAUGGAAAGUCAUCAAAUUCUUCAGAUCUUUCAGGAGAUUGCUGAGAACCUGGUUUUUGACAGGCCAGACGAUCCUCUUCAGUUCAUGUUAGAACAGGUACAAUUGAAGAUUCGAAACAGAGAAGAAUCCAACUGCAAACCAGAGAAAAUAGAGUAGGCUAGCAGCCUGUUCUACCAUGCACUGCAGAAGACACCUGCGUCAUUCAAUCAUGAGUAAAACGUAAUUCAUUGCUCACAGUGUCGUCUGUAUAUCUCCGGGGGGACUCCAAAUCACCAGCGAGCAUAGGCCAUUCACAGGAAUACACAUUGGCUAUGUUACACUAUAAACUGCCUCAGCAAUCUAUAGACCAAGUCUUAGUAAAAUGGCAAUGAUUGUGAAGUAGGCUAGCUAUCUUAUAGUCCAAAUGACAAUUUAGCAAGACCAGACAUACAAACAACCUUGUGAUACAAUUUUCAUAUCUCAAAUGCAGAAUAACUUCAUUGCAACAGAAGUAUACAAAACAAAUAUUAUUUUUGAUUUAGUAUCCCAGGCAGAUUCUCUUUUAAUCUUUUGAGAUUUUUUUUCUUCUUCUCUAUCUCUAUAAUGUAUUGCUAUCAUCUGGGCACCUAGCCUUUCCCUCCCUCCCUUUCUAGCCUAUUUAAUCUCAGAAAAUAACCUAUAUGCUUAAUAUUAUAAUUUUUCCCACUUUCUUCCUCCACUUUUUCAUUUGAGAAAAACGUACUGUACUCUGUCUGUGAAGGAAUGGCCACUACAGGCCCUUGUGCUCUCUGUCUGUGAAGGAAUGGCCACUACAGGCCCUUGUGCUAUCUGUCUGCCACAGCAACACAUUGACCUUGAAACUCCUGAUGCGUUUCAUUUCAUUUGAGUAAAGCCCCUGUGGCACCACAGCGUUGUAAAUAAUGAGACUCUGGGGAAACAAUCAUUCUUCAGAAUUUAAAUUCAAAAUAAUUCUUCAGAAUUUGAAUUCUAUCUUCUUUAAGCCCAUCACUGAUAAUAGAUAGGGCCAUGGUAACUAGGUCUGUUAGCCAUCAUAGCAAGAGGACUGAAGAAAGUGCCAUGUUAUGUCACCAUGGAGACAGACCUAUACCAUGUGUAGUUCACAUAGUAAUAGAUCAAGCGAAGCACGCUAUCUGAUCUGUUUUUAAUGUUUCAAGAUGAUUCUCCAAUCAUUGUAAAGACCGCAAGCCAUGGCAGAUUGAGAAAACAGAAAAACAUAAUGCUAUGGUUAUAACGAGUGAUCAUCCAGUUAUGACAUACCGUAUGCAGUGGAUCAACUUUAAACCAAGAACAUGGUCAUACUUUCACAUUUCAGAAUAGGCCUAGGCAUACUCAGUUGGCACUUGGCAGAACUGUUAUAAGUGAGCAGCCUACAUGAAAUUUAGCAACAAUGACAACACUUUUUGGACCAGUUUCCCAAUUUGGUGGUCCACUAAGUUUUGGUUUUGCGGAAAUACAGUCAUUAAAGUUGAGAACCAACUGUCUGUUCCAAGGUGGUAUCUUGGGUCACUUUUGUUUUGUUUGUCACUCAGGAUUGUCUUGCUUUUACAAUAAACACUCAAAACUAACCAAACAGGUUUCACAAUCUCACGUUACUUCAAUGAAAGACCAGUCGUGGGGAGCGUUCAUUCUUUAUUUGGUUGUGGAUGUGUCUCACAGGUCACUCCGUUUACCGAGAGAAGAAACAUGACACCUGAUUUGGACACCAAGGACCGCUGCUUUAGGGCCUUGCUUAUCCAAGGCAAUUUGGUCAUUGCAUGCUGCGGGAUUGCCUUGAUGGCCAUGUGUAUCUUCUUCAUAUCGGAUCGAGCCGGAUUGUAUGUUUUGGUCUAUGCUACAGGAAAUGACAGCAUCUGGAGGGGAGCCUGGAUAGGCCUUUUCACUGGGUUUGCCCUUUUCUGCACAUCCAUCUUUGGAAUGCACGCCAUAGUUGUGUCCAAAAGAAAUAUCCUACUUGCUUACAUCCUCCUGAUGGUGAUCAUAUAUGCAUUUGAGGUGGCAUCAGCUAUUACUGCUGCAACACAUAAAGACUGGUUUGUCCCUGAACUCUUCCUGAAGCAAAUGCUACAGAACUACAACAAACCUCUACCAGAUAAUCUGCCCAGCACCCAGGACCAGAUCUAUGUAAUCAACGGGAUAACAGAAGCAUGGAACCGGUUCAUGACUGAGUCUAAGUGCUGUGGAGUGUACGGGCCAGAGGAUUGGGUGAAGUACGAGUCCCACUUCAGGCAGCAGAACACAGAUGCUGAUAAUCCUUGGCCCAGACAAUGCUGUCAGCAGGAUGCUAUGGGAGCCAUCAGCCAUUUAGAAGCCUGCAAAAUUGGGGUUAGCCCUUUCCUGCAUGCACAGGGUUGUUAUGAUUACAUUGCUGGUCCUUUGAUUACACACGGCUUUGGAGUCUCAUGGUUUGGAUUCGCCAUAUUGUGUUGGACAUUCUUUGUGAUACUGGGAGUCAUUUUCCACUACACUCAGUUGGAUAUCUGAGGAUGACCGACAAAGAAAGCAUCAAAUAAACUGCAGUUCAGACCUACCAGUAAAGAAGUAAUGCAAAUAUAACACUUUUUUUGUUAUGAUCAACUAAUAACCUUACAAUUCAUUACAUUUUAAUGUCUCUAAUCAAAAUGAAAAGAACCAAUAAAUGUACUAAAUACAAUUUUAUUUUUCAAAUGACCUUUCUCAAAAAAGUUAGGAAAUUGUCCCAUACAAUAAUCUGUACUGUUCAUUUUUUGUUGCUAUACAUAAUACAUUCAAUUUUGCUCAAUACAAAAUUGUACAGGUUACAAGUGUAGUAUUAUGUCAACACAGCUGCAAACAACCAGAAUCCCUGUUCUGAUAUCUUUUUAAAUCUUCACAACA